AUGAUUGGGGGGUGGAAUCCCCUCAAGGGUCGUCGAAAUGCGUUGAGUGUAGCACCCGAGGUCUACGGAUAUGCACGGGAACAAUGGAAACACACCUCUCCGCUCACGCCCUCCGCCCAACGCGCCCACAUCUUCGCCGAAUACACCACCCUUGGCGUCGAUGGACAACAGCCCUACACAACCCUCCUCGCCAACGCGGCGGCAGCCACCACGCCAAGCUCACCCCAACCGAACGAGCCCUCCGCGACCGCGCACGCUCCCCGCCGACAGACCGGUGCAGAAGGACGGGUUGGGUUCCUGAUCCCCUGGCUGCGCACAGCCUACCACCCUUCCGCCGAUGAAACUUCGCGGCGAUAGCGGCUCAUCUGGUCAGUGAGCUCGGUGGUGAUCCGAUUCUUAAUGGUGUGGGGUGCUGUGAUUUUGGGUUGGAGUGGCGAAGGGUCUUUGGCGGGUGCUGUAGCUUCUGUGUAUCAUCGCUUGUGGCGGGAGGCGCUGCAGGGGUGUUGAGUGGGAUGAUGCUGAG